CACACACACACACACACAUGAUAAGCAGCCACACUUGACAACGAAGAAUUCGUAAGGAAGAAGGAAAAAAAAAUGGCGAAGACAGUUGUGGGAAGGAUGAAGCUUGGAACACAAGGUCUGGAGGUAUCAGCACAGGGACUUGGCUGCUUGAGCAUGUCGACUUUUUAUUUAUAUGGUCCUCCCCCUAAGCCUGAAUCCGAUAUGAUCACUCUCAUCCACCAUGCCAUUAACUCUGGCAUCACCUUCUUCGACACCUCAGACGUUUAUGGUCCCUUCACCAAUGAAACCCUUUUCGCAAAAGCUCUCAGUCUCAAUGGAGGAGUAAGAGACAAAGUGCAAAUCGCCACUAAAUUUGGUAUCACCUUCACCAACGGUGACAACAUAGGGGUUUCCGGCGAUCCUCAGUACGUAAGAGAAGCUUGUGAGGCAAGUCUCAAUAGGCUUGGAGUUGAUUGCAUCGAUCUUUAUUAUCAGCAUCGGAUUGACACCCGGGUCCCAAUUGAAAUCACGGCUGGGGAGCUUAAAAAACUAGUUGAAGAAGGCAAAAUAAAAUACAUUGGUCUAUCUAAGGCCUCGGCUGCAACAAUAAGACGAGCUCAUGUUUUUCAUCCUUUAACAGCCGUGCAGUUGGAGUGGUCGUUGUUGAGAGAUGUGGAGGAAGACAUAAUUCCUACAUGCAGGGAACUUGGCAUUGGCAUUGUUGCAUACAGUCCUCUAGGAAGAGGGUUUCUGUCAAAAGUACCUAAACUUCUUGACGAAAUGCCUAGGGAAGACUAUCGGAAGUAUCUACCAAGGUUCCAACCUGAGAAUGCUGAGCAAAACAAAACAAUAUUCAAGCGGCUAGGUGAAAUGGCAGCGACAAAAGGAAGCAUAAAGAAAAAUAUUCCACAUGGAUUAGGAGAAAUAACCAAUUAGGUUUUAGAACUAUAAAGUUUUUCUAUUAUCCCACAUUCAAAAAGUAGGAGAUUUGUGAAUUACUUCUCUUACUAUAUAUUAAAGCCUUAUUUAUUCAUUGAAGACACAUCUCAACCUCUACAACAUUUUUUUACACUAGAAUAAUUUUCUCAUUUUUUAUUUUAAUA